AAAGAUUAGUGCAUCGAUAUUUUGCAUGAAGUUAACGGCGACUGAUUCGAAUGCGCGCCAUCUUGCUAGCGGAAACAAAACAAUCGGACAAUUUAGGAAAGCAGUGGAAACUCAAGAGAAUAGUACAAUAGUAAAUAAGAGCCUUGCUAUUUAACUAUUCAGUGGACCAUGUGACGGUGUGCAGGAUCAUGUUCCUACAAUGGUGCUUGAGGUUUGUUUAGCUGAACAGACGGACACUCACUUGAAGUGCAUGACCCAGCGUCAGUUGGAAGAGCUCAUUCCAAAGUUGGUUUCCAAGGCCACUGGUUGUGCCACGCCCAGAUUUGGGGUACCCAAUGACAAACCUGUCUGGUGGCCGAAAUCUCUAGAAUGGACUAGUCCAGGGGACCUUGUGGAUCUAUAUCAGGACCCGUGUGAAAAGCUGCGUGAGAUUGUACGCAGUUGUUACUGUUACAUGGAGCAGGACAGCCUCUUUCGACCCCGUGAACUCUCACCACUCAGUGGUGACCUCAUACAUAUUGUGGAUGACGAAGAGAUGUGUAACGCAGACGUGGAUAGUAAAUCUAGCUUCCCUGGUCAAGCCGAGCCUAGUUCUAAAUGCAGUCUUCAUGUGACACAAGACUCAAGCCAGAGUGGGGCAGGUACCCUAGACACUGCUGAUAUACAGUCACAAUUCAUUGACUCAAGAAAAAGACAUGCUACAUCAGGCGUUAAAAGUGGUACAAACAUAAAACAGUCUGUGUUAGCCCCCACCAAGUCUAAUAUGGAAAUGAUUGGCGUUGGCAGUGUCGGAGCUAAAUCAUCAGAAUCUAUGAAAGCUAAGGAUACUUUUCGACCAAUGAUUGUCAGUGUAAAAUCUGUGAGAGAAUCUACCAGUGGCUUAGCAAAGCAUAUCAAUGUGGAAGAUAAUCCAUACCAGUUAAAUGUUGAGGAGAUUAUUGAUAAAGUUGCAGCCUCGCACCCUGACUCUGAAGCUUUAAGUCAUGCUGGUGAAAUAUCGGCAGAAGUGAUUUCUCAGAUUGAUCUCCAGAUCGCCAAGUCUUUAAAAGAGGCAUUUCGAUUCACGGAUAAUUCAAAUCUUUUUCUGCCAAAUUCUGAUGUUCCAAAAAGUUCCUCAAUAUCGGUUUUUAAGACCAAAACACCAAAUAUUCUUAAACGUAACCAGGUAACUUUCCCACAUUCCAAACUGGACACUGAUGACACCAAGUCAUUCAGUGAUUCAGAAGUUCUCACUACAGAAUUCUGUAAAAGGACGGAAAAUGUGGAGAAAAAGGGGAGAUCUUUUGUCUGGAGAACUGAACCAGGGGUUGUUGAAAAGUUGCUUAAAGCUGGACAAUCCCCAUCUAAAGUAGACUGCAAACCUAAAGAGUCAUCAAUAUCUAAACCAGUCAGCAAACCUCAUGAGCCGUCAAUAUCUAAACCAGUCAGCAAACCUCAUGAGCUGUCAAUAUCUAAACCAGUCAGCAAACCUUGUGAGCCAAAUGAAAAGAAGUCUGCAGCUACCGGUGAUUGUAGGACAGUUGAACCUGGCAGUAAAGCUACAGCAAAAGAAGAUAAAUUGGAUGAUGAGGUUGUUUGGAUUUGUUUCAUCUGCGCCAAAAGUUUUCCUGAUCAGUCUGAAUUAAUGAUUCACCAAGAGGCAUGUGAGGAAGAGACCGACCUUAACCUUGAUGCACCUUUACCUAACCUGACAGCAGCGUGUUCUGCCAAGGGAUCCACCAGUUCUGCCGAGGUAUCAAAUAAUAGACCCAGAGAUUCACCAAAUCUAAUGAAACAGUCUUCUUCACAACCUGUGCCCACCUUACUCAGGAAAGUUGGCUCGAGUCUGAAGUCAUUGCCUUUAGGAUUGCCUCAGAAAGCUCAAUUAGUUCGUAGGCCAAGAAGGAUCGUAGAUGUUUAUGUGCCCCCAAUGAGGGACGUGUACUUUGAAUGUUUGGGACUGCUUCAGACGCCAAAAUUGGAAGAGAUCAAUAAAUCACCCAGGAAGGGUGUAACUGAAGAAGACUGUUCCAUCAUUGACUUGACGGCAGAGGAUGAUUCAGACAAGCUUGCUGUACCGACAACGCCGCGAACUCGAUCUCUGAUGUCGCAGCUUAGUUGGGAUGGAAGUGCUAGGAAAAGACAACUAAGUUUUUCUCAGUCUGUUGCUACACCACCGAGAGAUAAGAAACGUAAAAGAAAUGACUCAGAUGAUCAGUCGUCUGAUGAGAAUGAUUCAGAUGACGAUAAACAAACUGUGAGAAAAGCACCUUCAAAGUCUGCUAUCCUUGGAAUACCUCUGACAUCACCGUUAGGCCAAAGGCUUAAAAAGCACUGGACAUUUGAUUGCAAAGUAUUGGUUGUGAACAACCCUGAGGAGUAUUGUAAAACAAAUGCCUUUGAUCUCCACUUGCAGGAAUGGCAUGAGAAGAACUACAUGGUGGAAAAGUUGAGGAAUCGACCCCCACCAACAUGUACGUUCAAGUUCACAAAGAAAUACUUGAAUAAAUGGUUUCACUCUUACAAGUUCAAUAAAGCUGAUAAGCGGGAGUUCAACAAGAUUCUAGCAACUGGCCUUGAGCUUUUGAGUAGACUGCGUCUGAAGAACAUGACUCCGUGUAAGGUUGUUCUGGCCAGAUUAACCAAAAAGGAGAUAAAAUUCUGGGUAAACCCAAGAAUCCGACGAAGUGUGUCUGAGAAUCUAACAAAACCAAAACCAAUCCCCAGGAUAACGUCAGUGGCACAGUUGGUUCGGUACGGAAUGAACAGAAAUUUGGUUCCAAUGGGCCAGUCAUUCCAUCCAGCAAACAGUGUGUCAAUGUUUCGACAUCAGAUGUACCCCCGUGGCAUGCCUACCCCUCAACUCCUUGUUCGGUCUGUCCCAAUGAAUGGCCAACCCAUGCGGCUGCAGGUGUUGCAGUUGCAGAAUUCUCACAGUCCAGGCCAGUUCUUUCCCCUGCAUAAUAUCCCUGUGCCACAACCUGUAGUUCAAACACAUGCCCAAAAACGAAAGCAGGUUUUCAGCAAUGUUCGACAGGAUGAUAUGGUGAUUUGUUUAUCAUCCGAUGAGGAGGACGGAGAAGUUGCAACUAAACCUGAGCCAGCAUGUGUGACAUGCACAACUUCAAGAAUGUUGUGUGACAUUCACAGAAAAAGGAAAAUUGGACCAGCCAGUUAUAUGGCCUCAUGCAAUGAACAAAUAAAAGCAAGUGCAAGGAAUAUAAUGCAGUCCAAGCCAUUGCACUCGGCUAUCUUAUCUGCCCCGGGCAUAAAAGCCAGUGAUGAGACAAUUGUUGCUGGUGCUGUCAAUCUAGACCAUCUUGCUGCUCAGGACUGUACUUCUCACGAUCAAACUGUAAACACGACAUUGUCUGCAGUUGACAAUCAGCUGAAAACCUCAGAAAGUCUUGGCAUGGAAGUAACAGACGAGACAGACAAGGCUUCGAAAGACAAAAUUUCCAGCGACGAAGAUAUGGACUUUGAAGUUAUUUGCAUUGAUUCAGAUGAAGAGGAUUAAAAAUUAAAUGUUCCAGAUUGUGUUGAAAUCAUUAUUAACAUAUUUAAAAUUAGCUUGGACUAGUCAAAAAUUACAUCACUGAAUGAGCAUUAUGUAAUAAUCUGGAAAAAACUAUUGUGCUUAAAAAUAGGAAUGUUAUAGUAUUCUCCAAUGUGGUUUAAGAAUUCAAUAUGGUUACUGUGCAAUUGUUCUUAUACAUUAAAUUAUAAUUUAUAAGGAUAAAUAUUCAGAAUUUAUAAGAUUGCUUAGCCAUGUCACAUACAUGAAUAUAUUUCUUUAUCGAAGCAACUGACUCAUUGAUUAAGAAAUUCUACAAUUCCUGUUUUCACAUCUUGAAUUUCAAUGAAAUGUUUAAACUAGGGACGGGAAUGAACAAUAAAAUGAUAAUGGAAUACCCAUUUUCAAUGUUUGAAUAUAGUUGAAUAUUUGAUUUUUUAAUCUAAGUUUCAAAUCUCAAACUCACAAAUGUCCAGAACUAUGUUUCGUUCCUGAUUCCACAAAUACCACUGUAAAUCAUAUAUUACAUCAUUGUGGCUUGUCACUUUUUACAUUUCAUUUCAUAAGGUAUAUGAUAUUUCCAGUAAACAAAAUAUAUUUGAUUAUUAAUUGAGUAACUAAAUUCUGAUGAGAAUCUCAUGGAUUUAAUUUAUGGCUGUUAAAACUAUUUGCUAUUGGCCUCUGUUGUCUUAAUUGUAAGACUAAACUGUGUAUAGGAUUUAAAUAUUUUUGGACAAAGAUGAAACCAGGUGUUCUUACACCUUUUGCACUUGAAACCUUUUUUCAAAGUUUCUUUUCUUUAAUAUUGAAUAUUUGAAUCUUAACUUUGUACUGGAAUAUUUAGUUUUUUUGAAUAUUUGUUCCCAUUCCUAGUUUUAUUUCAAAUAUCAUCCCCUGCCAAAGGCGAAGGGAUAUAGUGUUUGUGUUGUGCGUCUCUGACAAGCUUUUCAAUGCUAUAUCUCAGAAACUAUGUAAGAUUUUAACAUGCAACUUCAUGGUUGUAUAGAUAACAAUAAAUAGAAGUGCCAUGCAUAAGAACCAUAACCCAACACUUUUUUUUUUAAUAAGAGUUAUUACCCUUUUUAGCUCAUAAACUCACCUUAGCAAAAUGUGAUCAUGGUGACCUUUUGUGCUGGCCUUAUGUCUGUCAUGUGGUGUCGCAUUUGCCUUAUUAACAUGAGGCCAAUCAAGAGGCCACAUUUAUUGUCGGAUCUUUAUGAAACUUGGUCAGGAGAUUUGUCCUAAUGAUAGCUUUGACGAGUUCAUAAAUGGUUCCUGUUGGUUGAAAAACAUGGCCACCAAGGGGCGGGUCAUUUACUUUAUAUGGCUAUAGUAAAACAAUGUUAACACUCUAGAGGCUUUUUAUUGUUCAACCUUGAUGAAACUUUAUAAGAAGAUUUGUCCCAAUGAUUCCUUGUAUGGCUAUAGUAAAACCCUGUUAACUCUCUAGAAGUCACAUUUGUGGUACAAUUUUAAUGAAAAUUGGUCAGAACAUUUCUUCCAAUUAUAGCUUGGCUGAGUUAAGGAAAGGUAAUGAAUUUUAGCUCGUCUAUUUUUUGAAAAAAAAAUAUGAGCUAUUGUCAUCACCUUGGCGUAGGCGUCUGCGUCCGGUUAAGUUUUGCGUUUAGGCCCACUUUUCUCAUAAAGUAUAAAUGCAAUUGCAUUCAAACUUGGUACACUCACUUACUAUCAUAAGGGGACUGGACAGGCAAAGUGAGAUAACUCUGGCAUGCAUUUUGACAGAAUUAUGUGCCCUUUUUAUACUUAGAAAAUUGAAAAUUUUGGUUAAGUUUUGUGUUUAGGUCCAUUUUAUUACUUAAGUAUCAAAGCUAUUGCUUUCAUACUUGCAACACUUACUAACUAUCAUAAGGGGACUGUGCAGGCAAAGUUAUGACAGAAUUAUUUGCCCAUUUUAGCUUGACUAUUAUAUUUGUAAUAUAUAUAGUGGAGCUAUCCUACUCACCCCGGCGUCGGCGUGACCGUCUGCGUUAGCGUGUCUGCGGUAGAGUGCAAGUUUUCGUACUACCCCGAAUAUUUUCUUUGUCCCUUGAAAUAUUGCUUUCAUAUUUUGCAUACUUGUUUACCAACAUGACCCCAACCUAUAAACAAUAGCAGACAACUCUAUCAAGCAUUUUGUCAUAAUUAUUGCCCCUUUUCCACUUGGAAUUUGCAGCAAAUGUUAAAGUUUGCGUACUACUCCAACUAUUUUCAAUGUCCCUUGACAUAUUGCUUUCAUAUUUUGCAUACUUGUUUACCAACAUGACCCCAACCUAUAAACAAUAGCAGACAACUCUAUCAAGCAUUUUGUCAUAAUUAUUGCCCCUUUUUCACUUAGAAUAUGCAGCAAAUGUUAAAGUUUGCAUACUACCCCAACAUUUUUCAAUGUCCCUUGACAUAUUGCUUUCAUAUUUUGCAUACUUGUUUACCAACAUGACCCCAACCUAUAAACAAUAGCAGACAACUCUAUCAAGCAUUUUUAUAUGGCCCCUUUUCCACUUAGAAUAUGCAGCAAAUGUUAAAGUUUGCGUGCUACCCCAACUAUUUUCAAUGUCCCUUGACAUAUUGCUUUCAUAUUUUGCAUACUUAUUUACCAACAUCCUCCCAACCUAUUAACAAGAUCAGACAACUCUAUCAAGCAUUUUUCAUAAUUAUUGCCCCUUUUAUACUUAUAAUAUGCGUAUUAUUGAUAAAUCUAUCUUAAACUUUGCGUACUACCCCAAAUAUUUCCUAUAUCCUUUGACAUAUUGCUUUCAUAUGUUGCAUACUUGUUUACCAACAUGACCCUGACCUAUAAACAAGAGCAGA